GGUGAGUGGAACUCUAUAGGAAGCACACCACUCUGAUUGAUGCACACCAAAUCUGUCUCGCAAUCACCAAUCACGUGCAAAAUCUUCACAACAAUCAUAUUUAAUACUGAUAUUAAACUUCAAUCACCCCUCUGAAUUGGACCCAGCCACCAGGAAACUAUUCAGGCAUCACAAUGGUAGCAUGAUCCUUGUGUGAAGCCCCCUGAACAUGGAUACAUCCAAAGAUGUAAUUAUUUCCACCAAGCCCUCUGGUGUUGUUCUCUCCAAUACCAUGCCGAACUUUGUAGAUGACUCUCUCCCAAAGGAAAUGCUCGAGAGCAUGUAUACACUUCGACGAAAUGGAGAAUUGUGUGAUGUGGAAUUGGCUGUUGAUCAAAACUGCUUUAGGGCGCACAGAGUUGUUCUUGCGGCUAGUAGCAUGUAUUUUAGGGCCAUGUUUUGUCGGCAGAUGGCUGAGAGUGGUCAGAGAAGAGUGGUGAUCCAAGGAGUGGAUGGGGAAGCACUCGAAUCCCUCAUCAAGUUUGCUUAUACCUGCACACUAGAGAUCAAUGAAGAGAAUGCACAAAGCUUGUUGGCAGCUUCAAAUUUUCUGCAAAUGUUGCGAGCGAGUGAAGCAUGUUGCAAAUUCCUUCAGGAGCGACUUGAUUCCUCCAAUUGUUUAGAUGUUGCAGAUUUUGCCGAAUUCCAAUCUUGUGGGGAACUGUUAGAGGCUGCUCUAAAAUUUGCCAGGCAAAAUUUCUCAGAAGUAUCGAGGCAUGAACGCUUCUUGCAGAUUUCCUACUCUCGAAUGAAACAUUUCAUGAGCAGGAAUGACUUGCACCUACCUGAUGGGGAAGAGGUGGUAUUUCAGGGCCUUGUUCGCUGGUCGAGGAGCAACCUCUCUGAACAACAGGUUCAUUUUGCUGAGCUUCUGGACCUUGUCAAGCUUCCCUUGUUAGGUCAAGAGUUUUUUGCGGUAGAAGUUGCAGCAAACUCUCUAGUGAGCUCAAGUGAUGCUUGCAUGCGGCUAAUUCGCCAGGCAGCCAGAGCCCUGUACAACGAGACGUACCCUAGUGGGAUGUCCCACCUCUGUCGACUCCCUACUCAGAUCCCUAUGAAAUGGUGGCCCAGAGACACCCUCAGGGCUGGAGAGGUCAUCCAUAUUCUUGGAGGUGUAUCUGAGCACGAGACUCUGGGAAAUGUGGAGUGCUAUGAUCCGGAGACGGAUCGCUGGGUGGUGGAUGUUAUUCCUCAGAUGAGAUAUCGGAGGAGUGGUGUGGGCGUGGCAGUGCUGCAAGGCCUCUUGUUUGCCAUUGGUGGGUACUUGGAGGGAAAAACAAGUACUGAUGCCGUUGAGUGUUACAACCCCCGUAUCAAAAGGUGGAUGCCUGUAGCCAAUAUGCUGACAGCUCGCAUGAACCUCGGAGUAGGGGCCAUUCGAGACAUGCGGGACGCAGUGACGGGUACUUCAUUCAACGCCAUCUAUGCCAUUGGAGGCUACAGUGGAAAAGCUAUCCUUGGCUCGGCUGAGAAGUACGAAAUUCAGACUGACAUGUGGACUGAAAUUGCCCCAAUGAAGACUCCCAGGAGGAAUGUUGGUGUUGCAGUCAUCGACAACCUAGUGUAUGCGGUAGGUGGCAGCAACCGUGAUGAUGGCACUCGGUCUAACCUGAACUCAAUGGAGCGUUACAACCCUGAGAAAGAUGAGUGGGAGGAUCUCCCCCCCAUGCACCGCUCAAGAGGCGCAGCCAGUGUCACUGCCCUCAACAGUUGUCUCUAUGCUGUCGGCGGUUAUGAUUCAGGACAAUGGCUGUGUGAGGUGGAACGGUUCAACCCAGCUACCAACCAGUGGAGUCUGAUUGCCCCAAUGCUACACAGCAGAACUGGAGUGGCUGUUACUUCAGUUAGAAAUGAAGUCUACGCCAUUGGAGGGUACAAUGGAGUGAAGACAGUAGACGUUGUAGAGAGAUACAACCCUGAUGAGGGAACUUGGAAAGAAGUCGCUCCGCUUGUAUUUGGUCGCUCAGUUCCUGGCAUCGCAGUCGCUUAUCUCUGGCCUGUUCAGUCCACCAUGAAAAAUUUUUGGGAACCUGAAUCUCAGUUAUAGUCUUGUAUCAUCAAACCUUCUCAUCCUCACAGUCACCAUUUAAUCUGUAUGCAUACAUCAUUAUCUCUAUACUGAAUUCUGAUCUUUAUUAUGUUUUAGAAUGAUCACUGAUCAUCUCUCAGUUUUAUCAUGUUUUAUACCUAUGUUUAUCAUGUUGCUGUUCUAUCAAAA